UAUGGGAUUGUCAAGGGCGGGGUGGGGAGGAGACAUAUGUAAUACUCUUUGUAAUACUUUAAGCAAUAAAACAAUUUAAAAAAAUAAAGUCCUACAAUUGGCUCCUCUCUGGGGGGGCGUGGCUAGACCCUGGGGGGCGUGGCUGGACUCAGCUUACUGCCCGGCUGAGGAGCAGGAGCCCACACUGGUGGCUGUUACACGUGGAGGCAUGGAGGAGUGCGCUUGCAUCUGCGGCGUGGGCUCUUCGCGGGGACGUCGAUGUCGUCAGCAGCGCCAAGGCCCAGCUGAGACGGCAGCGGCUGAGGGCAAGCCGGCCCGGCACCAGCAGAAAAGCGCCUCGAGGCGGAGGCGCAGGAGGAGGCGGAGGCGGAGGCGGAGGCGGCAGCGGCGGCGGCAGCGCGGUGCCGCGCGGGGAGUGGAGGAAUCGCGAGCCCCAUGCCGCCCCCCGCACUGCUCGCUGCAGGACCUGCCCGUGGAGAUGCUGGUGGAGAUCUUCGCCUGGCUCCCCGGCACCGAUCUGCUCAGCCUGGCCCAGGCCUGCACCAGAUUCCACCACAUCCUGCACAUGGACAGCAUCUGGAGACGGCGCUGCCGCGAGGAGUUUGGCGUUGGUGAAAACUUGCAGAACCUGGAGACGAUCGGUAUGUCUUAUCGAGAAGUCUAUGCGAAGCUGUUCCACCCGUACAGACACACUUUGGGAUUGUGGCAGCUAGGUAAUGACUAUAGAAGACUGCUGAAUGUCGCGGUGGACGGCUUAGGCAUUACUGGUUGGACGUACGGACCUUCCCUUGACACCCACGUGGAUGGCCCAAUGCAGUUCGAGCCCGCGUUCAGAAUUCGCCUGACGGAGCGGAAAUCAGCCGCGGUGGAGUGCAUGGAAGGCCGCCACCGCAGGCCCCACCACCGCCACAUGCAGAUUGAGAAGAACAGGUUCACCACCCAGUGCGACAGGACAGACCACGUAACAGAUUCACCAACGCGGCUUAGGGGAGGACGGGGGCUGGAGCUGUCGGAGGAGGACCUACAGGGGUUUGACUUCCUGACCUACCACCGCCUCUACCUCCCGCCGAGCCACCCGGACGACCUCAUCAGGCCAGGCCUCUUCCAAGGCAAAUACGAUCCCUUCGGCCUAUCGAUUGUCAUGCUCAGCUUCCAUGGGGAGUAUGCCAGGGUCACGAAGGUCACGGGAUACUCCAACCAGAUAUUAGAGAUCCACCUCAAGCGACGCAUCCAGCUGCGAGAUGGCGAGAUCUUCCGCAACUUCAACGAGCUCUCCCGCGUGGUCCAGGAGAUUGACAAGCAGGUGAUCCGGGAGCAGCAGCAGCAGCAAAAAAACAGGACUGAGGAAAGCAAGGGCCAUGGCUGGCAGAGCCCUGCCCAGCCCAGCGGCGGGGAGUCCGGGGCUGCAGCUUCGGAGGAGCAGCCGGCCCCGUUUGUUCUGCCUGUGGGCGUGAGCUCAAUAGACCAGAACUACCCCCGGACCUGCAGGAUGUGUCUCUGUGCUAGCGUGGACAUUGUUAUUAUUGCCCGCCAUGGCUUCCCCUACUGCAUGCACUACCCUGGAGUCUUCAUCCUGUUCGAUGAGGACCACUUCGGGUUCAUCUGUCUGGAGCUGAAUUACUUCAUCCUGUACGGCAGAGUCCAGAACACCUUCCAGAAUGUGGAGGCACCAUCCCCGCACGCUUUUCUGGAGAUGCUCUCGAACAUUCAGUCCGGAUUCCCUGGUAGGAGCAGCUUGCAUGCACUUUGAAGAUUUGACCUUCUGACCAGGUUACCCACCUUUGUUUGUUUUUUAAUCCUCACCCGAGGAUAUUUCCCCAUUGAUAUUUAGAGAGAGUAGGGGAGAGAGGGAAAGACAGAAAUAAUCCAUGUGAGAGAAACACAUCAGUUGUUUGCCUCCUCCCCAAGCCCGGACCAGGGCCAGGCUGGGUAGGAGCCAGCAAUUGAGGUAGAAAUAAACCUUAGACCAGUGGUUCUCAACCUUCCUAAUGCUGUGACCCUUUAAUACAGUUCCUCAUGUUGU